CCCAUACAUGUAGUGUCCAGCGGUGCAGUUGAAGGUUCCUACAAUAUAGGAUCCACUCAGUGGAUAUCUGCUAUAUAAGAUCCUUCUCCUAAUUGACCCAUCAAUGGACAGGGACAAGAUGGCGGAGAGUAUAAUAAAUCUCACCCUAGAGAUCCUCUUCCGGCUUACUGGAGAGGACUACAUAGUAGUGAAGAAGACCUCUAGUAAGCAUUGUCAGGUCCUUUUGUCUGAAGGAUGGGGAAGAACCCUGAGCCCAUUCACAGGGCCUCCACCUCACCUCCUGAUACAUGAGGAAACCAAUAGAGAGAAGAUCCUAGAACUCACCAACAAGAUGAUUGAGCUGCUGACUGGAGAGGUUCCUAUAAGGUGUCAGGAUGUCACCGUCUAUUUCUCCAUGGAGGAGUGGGAGUAUUUAGAAGGACACAAAGAUCUGUACAAGGACGUCAUGAUGGAGGAUCACCUGUCCCUCACACCACCAGUUAAGGAAGAGAGACAACCACUAGAGAGAUGUCCCAGUCCUCGUCUUCCACAGGAUAAUGAAGUAGAUGGAGAUAAGGGCCUCAAGAUAGAGGAUCACCGGCCUCUCACAUCUCCAGUUAAGGAAGAGAGAAGAACACCAGAGAGAUGUCCCAGUCCUCUUCUUCCACAGGAUGGUUCAGAAGAACAUCACAAUGUCCCACAGGAUGAUCAGGUUCUGAAUCCGGGUGAAGAGCUGAACAUUAUAUAUGUUACAGAGACAUAUGUGAGGGGUGAUGAGCAGAGUAUAGAGGACUUUCCUACAUGUAAAUACCCAGAUGGCUGUACCAGAUGCUUAAAGGGACAUGUAAUAUCUUCAGAACCUAAGGCUGAUGAUCAUGGUUUGGCUCAAGAUACAUAUGUAGAGCAUGUCAGUAUCCCAGAUAUAUCCUCAAACCUUAACCGCAAAGAUUCAUCAACUGAUCUUUUUAAAAAGGUUCAAUCUUCUAAUUUAUCACAGACUGUAACACAAAAUAAAAGCUAUAGAAUUGAUGAACAUCAAAGACCACACACAGGAGAGAAGCUAUUUAUAUAUCCAGAAUCUGGAAAAUGUUUUACAGAAAAAUCUAAACUUGUUACACAUCAGAAAAUGCACAAAGAGGAAAAACUAUCAUGCCUAGAAUGUGGGAACUAUUUUAUCCAGAAAUCAGAUCUUAUUAGACAUCAAAGAAAUCACAAAUUGGAGAAAUCAUUCUCAUGUUCAGAAUGUGGGAAAUCUUUUAAUCACAAAUCAAUUCUUGUUAAACAUCUGAGAAUUCACACAGGAGAGAAGCUGUUUUCAUGUCCAGAAUGUGGAAAAUGUUUUAUAGAAAAAUCAUAUCUUGUUACACAUCAGAGAAUUCACACAGGGGAGAAGCCAUAUUCAUGUUCAGAAUGUGGAAAAUGUUUUACAAAAAAAUCAUAUCUUGUUACACAUCAGAGAAUUCACACAGGGGAGAAGCCAUAUUCAUGUUCAGAAUGUGGAAAAUGUUUUCUCCAGAAACCUGCUCUUAUUAGACAUCAAAUAACUCACACAGGGGAGAAGCCAUACUCCUGUUUAGAAUGUGGCAAGUGUUUUACUCAGAGGUCAACCCUUGUUUCCCAUCAGAGAAUUCACACAGGGGAGAAACCAUAUUCGUGUUCAGAAUGUGGCAAAUGUUAUACAUGUAAAUCACAUCUUGCGAUACAUCAGAGAACGCACACAGGGGAGAUGCCAUAUUCAUGCUCAGAAUGUGAGAAAUGUUUUGCAGAUAAAUCAAAUCUUGUUAAACAUCAGAGAAGUCACACAGGGGAGAACCAAUUUUAAUGUAUUUAAUUAAUUGCCCAUCAAAGACUUUUUAUUUCGAGAAUGUGAGAAAUCACUAAAUUCUUACAAAUCAAAAGUCUCUUCUCGUUGUACCCCUUUUUUGGUGAAUAAUAGUACAAGGAAGAAAUACAAGUCAUAGUAAAGUCUCACAAUGUCAUACUAGAAAAUGUAAAAGCAAUUUACAGCACUAAAUUAUCACUAAGAAAUGCAUAUAAUUAACAAUAAACAAUAAAAACUGGUUCGUGCACCACUUUGUGUUCAGCCGAAACCCGGUGCUCAUGCCAGAAACCGGUAGGAUCCCCGCUGAAUCCCAUUAUAUUCAAUGAGGUCUGGUGGUGAAUAGCAGUAUCUGGCUAGGUCAGAUACAGUGAACUCUGGCAGGCUUCCUUUUCUAGAACAGCCUGCCAGAUUGCUUUACCACAGAUGUGGAACUAGCCUAACAGUUUUUUGGCCACUUUCGUACUGGGAUACACAUCGUGAUUUAUGUAUCCAAAUAUAGUCCACUCCUGGGUUAAAGAAAUUGGUGCGUCGCAUCUUUUUCUACGCCUGUUUUAGGCAUAGAAAAAUGGUCCAAAUGUACGCCAGCAAGGGAGCGGGUAUAGAUUUGGAUAUGCGGUUAUGUAUUGUCUGGCGCCUCUACAUAAAUUUGGCGUAUCCUCCGCCAGCUAAAGGGGUAUUAAGACCAGAGUCUAAAACGACAGUCUUAAUAAAUUACCUCCAAAAUCUAUAAACACACAUACCUACUAGCACAGCGGUUCACUACACAGAGUGCAGAGGUAUACACAUAUAAGAAGCCACAGCUAAUUGGGAGGUCCGUACCUACCAACCUCGCUGAUCGGAUCACAUACGGCCAUCAGCAAGCCCGACACAGGAGAGCACAUGAGGAGUAGCGUGAACGCUGCAGCAGCCACCAUUGCCUCAUGGAGCCCGACAAAAUGGACAUCAUCUGUACAAGGUUGUGGUAAGGUGCGCAGCGCAACUAUUAUGUCAUUCUAAUAUACUACAUCUGUAUCACCAAUGUAAAGUCUGACUGUACAGAGAGGCUCUGUUAUAUAUACUUUGUCAUAAUCUCCAAAAGGAGAUGAAAUUUAACUAAAGCUAAGAGGAUAAACUGUAUAAGGAACUUUAUAAACUUCCAUAAUUUAUUUUAAAAAAUUAGAUUUUUUAAAUAUAUUUUUCCACACUAUAGGGGGUUAACAUCUACAGAAACUAGGUGGCACUGUUAUAAUACUAUUUUUAUUCCUGUGAAGGGCCCCGUGGUUUAUGAAGUUUUUAACAAGUGUGCACACUAAAUAAUAUAUACAGGUGGAUUGCAUAUAUGUUAUUUUUAUGUAUUUUAUGUUUUAUAUAGGU